UCGUUUCAGAAAGAUAUCUAACUUCUUGAAUGGUCGUUGAAAAUCUAUUUAACUGAAUUAAUGCAUUGAGCGACAUAGGUGAAAAUAAAUUUAAAUCUUGAUGAACACGUUCGUGCACAGAAUUAAAUUCGUAUCUUUCAUUUAAAUAUUUUUUCUUACAACUUCGGAUGGAAAUCUAUUCAAAACCAUCUAUAAAGAAUAGGAACAUGUUUUAGACUUUUAGAUUCCAAAAACGGAUGCUUUUAUUUUCUGGUGUAUGUGAAUGUUUAAACUGUUUAAUAUAAGAAAAAAUCAAAUGUAAUCUUUCAUUUUUCAGACUAAUUACAUUGUUACAAAUACUCGACGUAGAAAUAUUGGAUAUUAGAAUUUUCCGAAAAGUGGAAUACUAAAAAGCUUGGAUCAAAAUGGAUACAGAGAUGAAUUUUGACCGGCACAGAUACAAACCUAGAACCAUGAAGGAGAAUAUAAUUCAUCAUUUGAAGGCUAACCUGAUCAUCAUAAUGAUGGUGAUUGCCCUAGCGAUCGGCGUCGUCGUCGGCUUGACUGUCAGAAAUAUUGAAGGAUGGGAAUACUGGCAGAAGAGGAAGAUUUUCUACCUCAGAUUUCCGGGAGAUCUGUUGAUGAACAUGUUGAAGAUGCUUAUACUACCGCUGAUCGUGUCAAGUAUAAUAUCGUCACUGGCGUCACUAAAUGCGAAGGCUUCAGGUCGGAUGGGGCUCAGAGCGGUUGUUUAUUACCUGACCACAACGUUUGCCGCCGUCAUUAUGGGUAUCAUUCUUGUCCUAGUUAUACAGCCAGGGAAGAGAGGGGGUGCCAUAUCCAGGUCAGGCGAUCCAAAGGAACAGGAGCCCUUGGAAGCACUUUUUGAUCUAAUAAGAAACUGUUUUCCUGAUAAUCUUGUUGAAUCAACAUUUAGAAGGCAAACCACAGAAACGGGAACUUUCGAAUAUCAGCUACCUAUCACACUGAAUGACACCAAUCAAACAGAAGUGAUGGGUAACUUCACAAGCGAGGCGCCCAGUGUGGUGAAGAACGAGGGAAUGAACAUUUUGGGUAUUGUUGUGUUCUCUGUCUUUCUUGGAGCUGUCAUUGCCUCGAUGGCGGAGGCUGGAAAACCUCUGUUGGACUUCUUCGAGGCAUUGCAUGUGGCCACAAUGAAGUUAACAAUGCUUGUUAUUUGGUACUCGCCGGUAGGUAUCAUAUUCCUGGUAUCUACAAAGCUGAUAGAGAUGGAGGACCCUAGCACUGUAUUUAUACAGCUGGGUUACUACAUGUUGACAGUGUUAGCAGGGUUGGCCGCCCAUGGGCUUAUUGUUUUACCGGUGGUCUAUCUGAUUGCAACGAGGAAAAAUCCACUGAUAUUCAUGUAUAAUAUGCUGAAGGCCUUACUCACUGCGUGGGGAACUGCUUCAAGCUCGGCGACACUUCCAGUGACCAUGGAGUGUUUAGAACACAGAAACCAUAUUGAUAUUCGAGUGGCAAAGUUUGUAGCUCCAAUCGGUGCUACUAUCAACAUGGACGGCACGGCUCUGUAUGAAGCAGUUGCUGCUAUAUUCAUUGCUCAAGUAAACGGUGUAGGCCUUAGCAUCGGCGAGGUUAUCACAGUCAGUUUAACAGCAACAGCGGCAGCUAUUGGUGCUGCGGGAAUACCGUCGGCAGGUUUAGUUACAAUGACCAUUGUAUUGACGGCAGUCGGAUUGCCGACAGAGGAUGUUUCUUUGAUUCUAGCGAUUGACUGGUUUCUAGACCGGUUCAGAACUGCAAUCAAUGUUCUUGGAGACUCAUUCGGUGCCGGAAUCGUUGAUCACUUGUCGCAGGCAGACCUUGUUGAAAUUGACCGCCAGAAUGACUUGAAUAUGACCCUAGAGCAUGUGACACAGACAAAAGCUGAAGAAGCAGGGGUUACUAACACAGCAUUUGUGAAUGGAGAAAUGAAGAUAACAGACAAUGGUGAUAUUGGCUCGCGUUUAUAAAAGAUAUUAUACGGCCAGACGUCUAAUGGAGAUUGUUGAUCAUGUGAAUCCGUGCAAACAUAAAACAUUCCAAAAACUCAAAAUGAAUAUGUUGUUUUGGUUUUAAAAUCAUGCAAAAUUGCAUUUCUGCUAGAACAAUCUUACUUCAUUUCCGGUUAACGUACCAGAUAACAAGCAUUCGGACUUUUUCUAAAGCCAGGAAAUGAACAUAAACUGACAAAAUGUUUUUAUGUAACAGACCGGCGUGUUCAGGCUGGAGGAGAAAAGUCUUCAUGUACAUUUUUGAAAAUGAUUUAUCUGAAUUGAAUGUAAAUAUACUCAAUAGUCUGCAAUGGAACAAAAUGUGGAUGCCUUAUAUUGUAAAUAUUGAUGUUGUGAAUACUGAUGAAUAUAUUUUUAUGUAUCAUGUCAUUCUCUGAAUCCUUUAAAUGCAUUUUAACAAUUCUAUCUCUCAUUGAAUGAAUAUAUAUAUAUAUAUAUAUAUAUAUAUAUAUAUAUAUAUAUAUAUAUAUAUAUAUGCAUAUUUCUAUUUUUUCUUUGUUACAAUCAGGUCAGGUUCUACUUUACGUCCCAUCUGCGAUUAUCUCAAUCUACCACAAAUACCACGCGGCCAUGAAAAUCACAUGACCAUUAAUAGAAAUUAAAAUAUUAUUUUCUUAUC